AUGACUAUAAUUUCUCAUCGAAUUAAACUAAUAAAAUAUUGUUGGCGGUUAUUGAUCAUCUUUCUCACACCACUUGUCCUAUUACCUCUCCCACUCAUUGUUGAAACAGCUCAAGCACGAUGCGCUUAUAUUGUACUUAUUCUUACUGUUUAUUGGGUAUCCGAAGCAAUGCCAUAUGCAGUCACAUCUAUAUUGCCACUUUCUUUCUUUCCAUUGGCAGGUAUUAUAUCUAGUGAUAACGUGGGCCUGAACUAUUUUAGAGAAAUAACAACAUUAUUUGUCGGAAGCAUGAUGUUAGCUCAUGCUAUGGAACAUGUUCAUUUACAUCGACGAUUGGGAUUAUUUGUUCUUAGCAUUGUUGGUACAUCGAUCAAAUGGAGCAUGGCUGGACUGAUGGGAGUAACUGCUUUUUUGAGUAUGUGGAUCAACAAUUCGGCAGCAACAAGUAUCAUGAUACCAGCAGCAAUUGCCAUUAUCGACGAACUUCAAAAUUAUCAACAAGAAAAAUCAGUAAUUGAUAAAAUUGUAGCUCGUCGACAAUCGAAAGAGAUUGUAUUUGAUGAAUCUACUAGUAUGAACAUUUCUAAUUCUAAUAAUUUAAAUAAAUAUGCAAUAUUCUUAUUUGAAGUCUCGCUUGACAUUACAACAUGUGUUGAAGAACAAAUAAAACAAAUGCCGACAAUUCAAGAGAAUGUUCCCAUUGAAUUAAAUGAACAAGUAAUUCAUGAUCAAACUGAUCGUUCCUUAAAUACUGUAUUAAAUUCUACGUCGACAAAUCAUGUAAACUAUAAACAACUUAAAACCGCUUUUCUCAUUGCUGUAGCCUACAGUGCAGCCAUUGGUGGUUUAGCAACAUUAGUCGGAACUGGUCCGAAUAUUUUUGUUAAAGGAUUUACUGAUAAAUAUUAUGGCAAAGGAUCUCAUGCAUUUGACAUUUCUUUUACCAAUUUUCUUUUAUUCGCCUUACCAAUCGGUGUAAUCAUGCUUGUCAUCUGUUGGUUAUGGUUACAACUUUUGUAUAAUCGUAAAGAAUUAUUACCGUGGAUAAAAGUGGAUCCAAAUAGUUUAGAAUCUCAAAAAUAUUUAAAAUCUCUUCUCAAAAACCAAUAUAAAGAAUUGGGUAGUCUCAGUUGGCAAGAAUAUACAAUAACCAUUUUAUUUUUUAUUAUGGUUAUACUUUGGGUAACACGUGAUUUUUCAAGCUAUCCUGGUUGGGGAAUCAUUUUUCGAGAAGACUACGUUACGGAUGCUACAGUUGCUGUACUUAUUGGUACAUUACCACUUAUUCUACCGAAUAAAAAUCCAUUUAGUAAACAAUGGGAAUACCAACCUAUCAUUCAUUGGGAUCAUUUAUCGAAAAAAUUUCCAUGGGGUGUGUUUAUGUUACAAGGUGCCGGUUUGGCUAUUGCUGAAGGAUUCAAAGAAUCGAAUCUAUCGGAAACAGUUGCAAGUUUUCUUCAUUUUAUUGUUGGAGCUUCUGAUAUAACUAUUAUUUUUGUUGUUAUUGUAUUGAGUGCAAUAUUUACUGAAUUUACAAGUAAUCUUGCAUGUGCAACUAUCUUAUUUCCAAUACUCGGUAGCAUUGCAAAAACAACAGGAAUUCAUGCAGCUCGUCUUAUUUUGCCAUCAUGUAUGGCUGUUUCACUCUCAUUCAUGUUGCCCAUUGCCACUCCACCUAAUGCUAUGAUAUUCUUACGUGGUAAUGUUAGAAUUAUCGACUUGGUUAAAGUCGGACUUGGUAUGAAACUAUUUGGUAUUGUUAUAAUUCUUAUUGCAUCAAUGAAGUAUAGGACAUCAAGAAAAGUUCGACGCUUAGAAAAAGAAGCAAUUUUACGUGCAAAAGAUUCUGAAUAUACACGUGGAGUAUCCGAUCGUUUAUUAUCGAGUUUAAAUCUAAAUUCUGACGAUGAUGAUAAGGAACGGAAUCGACGACAAAUAUCAACGCGACCAAUACGUCAAAUUCAAAAAGAACUUGAUUAUCCAAUCGAAACGAUGGAUCAAAUAAAUGAACGAAUACAACAAGAAGUUAAAAAAAGACAAGCAGCAGCAGCAGCUGCAGUAACAACAACAACAUCAUCAACAUCAACAGCAAAAUCAACAAGCCGAAAUUAUCAAACAAGAUCAUCCGUAGAUGAUCGAACAAAUCGCGAUAAUACAAUUACAGGAAAAUAUACAAGCAACAGACAGACGAAUGCUGGCAAAUCAUAUUAA